UUGAAAUUCCUGCAGCAUGGCGUCUGCACAGCAAUCUGCUAAAGAGUACCUCAGAAACACCAGGAAAGACCUGGUGACUGGCAUGAAAAACCUUCCUCUGAUCAUUGAGAAUCUUCAUCAGCAGAAUGUUUUCAAUGUCUAUAACCUCAAUGAUCUCAAAGCCGAGAGGACAGAGUUUGGUAAAGCCAGAUGUAUAUUGGAUUGGGUUACUAACAAAGGUGAAAAGGCCAGUUAUGAAUUACUCAAGAUUCUGGAUGUCACUAAGAAGAGGACAUUAGAUCCUGGUUUACACCCCUGGAUCAGCUAUUUUCCCUUCAAAGAAGACGACGCAGAGGCCAGCUAUUCAAUUGGUACAAAGCCUUGUAAAAACUACCAGACACAGCUCAAGAUGAAAGCAAGAAGAAUCCUGAAGAACCAAAGGAAAUGUUUCUGUAAACAUCUGGAUGACAAGGAAACUUUAUAUCUCUUCAAAAAAUGCAAAAAGCUACGGCCCAAGAAGCUGAGAGCUUACAUUCCUAACGAGGAACAAGCACUGUCACCUGAGGAGCUCCUGAGAUGGCAGAACAAGAGCAUCCUCAUCAUCGGCAAACCUGGAGUAGGAAAGACUACAGUUGUCCAGGAAAUGCUGCGACUUUGGGCGGAGAAGGAUGACAGACAGAUAGACUACAUGUUUUACUUUGAUGAAAGUGUUUUGGCCCACAGUUCUAGCACUGCCAGCGUGGAAGCUCUUUUGUUUGAUGUGUAUUCAAAACCAAUGGAAAAAGACAGAAAAGAAGUGUUCCAAGAUAUUGAGGAAAACUCUGAGAAUGUUGUCAUUGU